AUGAGUGUAAUACGUCUUAAUAAUCGUUUUUACCAAAAACUACGGUCCUGUCGAUAUUCGUCAACCGUUACCCGGCUCGAAGAAGAAUACACAUCAACCCCAAAUUAUCCACCUAUUUUGGACCUUUCUCCCGAGAAGAAAAGAGAACGAAUGAAGGAUGAAUCCUACGAUCAAAUAAAAGCCGUAAAAACGGUGGAAGAAAAGCAAAUUAAGUUGAACAUGCCCAAAUAUUACGGCUUCAAAAGUUACAUGCUGCUAGAAAACAAAUGCGGAUAUAAUAUGUUACCUAUGACUCAACACGCUACGCGAACCCAUCUUGUAGUUAACAAGGGUUUACCAGAUUACUAUAAAGAAUUUAAUGUAGAUGAAUUGGCUAAUAAGCUUAAAUCGGAAGUGGAAGAAGCUUUAUCUAUAGAAAUCGAUGGCUACCAGAGAUUACAUGAUCUUACUAAUGAAGCAUUAGAAAAAGAAGAUUUGGAAGACAUAGUUAGCAGUUCGUUAAUUAAACGAAUUAAUCGAAUCAUUAUGAAUGAAUUAAGUUUAGAUUUACAAGAUACACAGGUGGACAUUGAGCCCAGAAUAGAAGCAUCUUGGAACGUAGGGGGAAUAGUCCCGCCAUCUUCUGUAGUAAACUCCCGAAAAGGAGUACCCUGGCUGAAAGACCGCAUCGACGAGCCCACCGACAGAGUUAUGGUAUACAAAGGAGUUCCUAUUCUUACGUUACGAUCGAAGCUUCCCUUGAAAUCCGUAAUUCCGUUAAGCGAAUCGGAAAAUCCUGACCUCGAUGUCCCAGUAUUCGAUUGCGAUCCUCGUACUAUCGGAACUACCACCGAAUAUAGACACAUGACCAAUAUACCAGGAUUUUGGCCUGGUGAUCCUCAUACAUUCGGGCUGCUUUCCUACCACAAACGGGGCUACAUGCACUUAAGGAAGGAUCGGUAUAAUGAUCUGAAUGAUGAUCAAGAAGCUAUCCAUAGACAAGGGAUCUUAACGGCUUUCGGUUGGCUGAUGGCCCAAGCCCAUUACUUGGGAUUCAACACUUUCAACGAUCUAACCUACCCCCUGGUUACCCAAACUGUAGUUACCAACGGAAAGACUUGGUCGUUUUAUACCUACCAGAUGAACACUACAAUGCUGUGCGAAAGAUUCUUCAAAUCGAAUCCACGAAGAAACAUUUGUUGGGCAACCGAUCAAAUGGACCUAUUCGAAGAUAUCGCCGAUGGAAAACUGAUAGGUUUCAACGAUGAAGUGUUGAAGAAUUUACUGAAAUUCUACCUCAACCGACCGGAAUCCCCGCUGGGCAUCAAUCUCACGCCGUACUUGAGCAACGAGGAGAAACUGUGCUCGGAUUACGAAGACGACCACAAGAGAAAAUGGCUGGAGGAUAUGUUCAAAUUUCUCAUGUCGAAUCGGCCCAGACAUAAGCUCGUGUACGAAAUAUACGCUUGGGAGAAAAUUUACAAGAUCGACAACAAGACGAGGUUUAUGGAUAAGAGGCUGAGGCCUUUCGAGUUGUUCCAGCAUCCGUACCAGAGGAGAUUGGACGAGACUUGUCCGAGGUACAUCCCGAAGAAAUUCAGGGAGGACGUGAAGCGCGUUAAAGGAGGAUCGUAUAGGUUUGAGAAAACCUAUUAUCCUUAG